CAGUGUCAAAUAAAAAGCUCUACAAACUCAAUAAAUAAGUCCUUAGAUUUUUUAGAUCAAACAUUGAGACAUUCAAACCCAAUACACUUACUAUAAGGGAGGGGUGUUUAAAAAUACCGAUCCAUUUAACCUAUCUCUUCACAUCAAAAACAACUCUUCUAAAUUCAUCCAAUUCUUCAAUUCCAAACAUUAAAACAUACUAUAAAUAUUAAAUACAAAUUCUACAUCAAAAAAUCCUCUUUUUUUUUUCUAAAAAUGGAACAAAAAGAACUAGAACCAUGUCUUUCAAGCACAUCAAACACUAUUUCUGCAGCACAAGAUGGUGCACCGGGCAGACAAUUAGCAAAAUCGUCGAAUACCCAACAAGCACAACUCGAAUAUCAAGGUCAAGACCAAGAGACGGUGUUGGAUUCAUGCCAUGAAUCCAACACGAAACUCAAAUUUAUUGAUUGCUUAAAAGUAGGUUCAUGUCAGAGUUCAUCAAGCGAGCCUAGAAUUUUCUCUUGUAAUUAUUGCCAGAAAAAAUUCUACAGUUCACAAGCUUUAGGUGGACAUCAAAAUGCUCACAAACGAGAGCGUACUAUAGUGAAACGAAAUCAAAGAAUAGGAGCCACAAUCACUGCAGCAACUACUGUUUUUGGACAUCCGUACAUAAAUCAUCAUAUUCAUCAACAACAACAAAUUUAUUCAAACAUUGGUUCAUUACCCUUACAUGGGUCCCACAAUAGGUCUCUUGGAAUUCAGGCACACUCAAUGAUUCACAAACAAACACCUUCUAUGAUAACAUCAAUUUGUUCAUCAGGAUAUGUGUAUGGACAUCAUGGGUGGUUAAGGUUACCUAUUGAACAACAACCUGCAAUAGGGAAACUAGUGUCGGAGACUUAUCAUGGGAAUAGCACAAUGAGAUUGGGACCCACUUCAAUAGGUGGGUGGUGGAGUGGAGAUAGCCUUAUUAAAAGUAAUCAAGAUGACCCCACAAAGCUUGAUCUAUCCCUCAAGCUUUAAGAAUUUUUUUUUCUUGGUUUGCUAUAAUGGUCAUGGUCAUGGUCAUUUGCUCGAUAUCUCAAAAAAAAUAGGAUUUAGAGGGAGAGGUAGCGAACGGAUCAUUUUCGUUUCUCUUAAAGGAGUGGUCAUGGUCAUGGUCAGCUGCUCGGUGUCAUGCACAGAAUCAGGGUCUGAAAGAGGAGGUAGCGGACAAAUUAUAUCCAUACAUAUCCAUACUCCAUGAGAAAAAGGGCUAAAGAAAUACGCGCAAUCAAGAAAAAACACCAUGAGUGAGAGGUUUGCUACAAUAUGAUUGUAAAAGUUUUUGGUUGUUUUUCCUUUAGGGAUGUGAUUAACUAUUAUGUAAAUGAGCUAAUGAUAGAAUGAAGUAAAAUGAUUUUCUUCUUGCAAGGGUUUUUCUGGUACACAUAUUAUGUUUUUUUGGAAGAGUCUAGAGAAACAAAAAUAUUGUGAAGAAUCACCAAUUUAAAACUGAGACUUAUAGAAUAUAUAUGAUUGGGCUGUAAUGCUUAAGUUGUUGAUUAAAUUGGUUUUCUAGCUCUUAAAUAUGGUA